AUGUUGUUCGCAUCUGCGUUGCUGCCGCUAGUUUCGCUCAUAUCACUCGGAACUGCUUACCAUGAUCUCAGCGACGAAACCCUCAAGAAUCUGCCCGGCCCGGGUGACGAUUUCGAUAUCGAGAAGGGCGCCUUAUUAGCGCCAAUACUGCGCACGCGAGUAUCUGGAACCGAGGGAAACUCAGCGGUCCGACAGCAUUUCGUGGACUUCUUCGCGACACAUCUGCCAGAGUGGGCAAUCCAACUUCAUAACUCAACAUCGACCACGCCAGUGAGCAAUGGCAAAGAGAUACCUUUUGUAAACAUCAUUGCGACGCGCGACCCACCUGGAAGUCAUGAGGGCGACGUAUCCAGGCUGGCAUUGGUCGCCCACUACGACAGCAAGUACACGCCCGAGGGAUUCAUAGGAGCAGUUGAUAGCGCUGCGCCCUGCGCCAUGAUCAUGCACAUUGCGCGCAGUAUCGAUGCAGCGCUGACGAAGAAGUGGGCCGACGGGAGCGGAGACGAUCUGGACGCAGAGCACAAGGGCGUCCAGAUAUUGUUGCUGGACGGGGAGGAGGCGUUCCAGAGCUGGACGGAUACGGACAGUCUCUACGGCGCACGUGCCUUGGCUGGUGACUGGGAAACGACCUUCCAUGCCGCCGCAUCGACGUACCGUACACCACUCGACUCGAUUGAGCUGUUUCUCCUACUCGACCUCCUCGGCUCUGCAAGCCCUCGUGUUCCGUCGUACUUCAAGACCACACAUUGGGCAUACAAACACAUGGCAACCGCCGAGGACCGUCUACGGGCACUAGGUCUGAUGAAAUCCUCCCCGAAUCACGCAGCAAAGAUGGCGAAGCGCAAGAACAAAACACCGCGUGCCGAGCCACACUUUCUGCCCGAGGGCGACAAGAGUGAUGACAACUUCUUGGGCGGUUACGUGGAAGAUGAUCACGUUCCCUUCAUGGCUCGUGGGGUGGACAUUCUACACAUUAUUCCUUCGCCUUUUCCCAGAGUGUGGCAUACGAUAAGUGAUGAUGGGAAACACUUAGACAUGAAUACGGUCGAGGAUUGGACCAAGUUAGUUAUGGCAUUCACAGCGGAAUGGAUGGAGUUGGAAGGCUUCUUUGAUUUCAGAUCGGAAAAACGGCAAGAGAAUACCGAGAAAUCGGAGUUGUAA